AUGCUGCAAGUCGAGGCACCUUUGUUCAUGUGGAAUGUCUUGGAAAUCAUGUAUCACAUGGUUCGGCUUGGUCAGACACAGCUUCUUGGUAUGCUUCUCAUGCAACUGGUCGAACUGGCGAGUAAUACCCAUGAGAUGCAGCAUCCGGUUAUCAAGAUGCUGAAGAGCUUGCAAAGAGCGGUAUAUCUUUGGGAGAAGCAUGCUACACUUGAGAAGAUGAACCUUCUUGAGCAGGCCUGGGGUUUGAAUGCGGAUAUAAUAUUCAGAAACUACGACUCGAGGCUGUUGGCCAUGUACUACCGCCUAGUCUGGGAAUCUUCCUGCAUUAAACUUGGUGAGGAUCAACUGGAUGGCCUUGAUAAAUGGUUCUCAGCUGUCAAGAGCAAGAUUCCGCACGAGGAUUCCUACUUUCGACAGGCUGUUCUAUUCAACGAUCCCAACUCGACGGAGGAUGCAGAACCGCCGAGAGACUACGAGAUCACAAAAGCGCUCUGCGUUUCGGCAAUACAGCAUCGCUGCACAAUGACCUUUGGAGAGUCAAACAUGUCAAGCCUCGUGCGUUUGGGUUUACUCAAGAGUAGGGUUCUCGACGAGAUUGACGAGCAACCAAGCGAUGAAAUACCACAGUCCCAAACACGGUUUCAAGCAAGGGUUAUGGCCUAUUUAAUGAAGGUUCUGAUGGACGUUGAUAGAGAACUGGGGUUGGAUGUCAAUGUGGCGGACAGAAUGCGAAACAAGAUCGCCUUGCGAGAAUUUGGCUACUCGAGCACUUCACCGCAAGUUAUAUAUGAUAUGUGGCAGCUAGAAGCCUUUCUACAAAAAGAAGGAGAUGUAGCUGAAGCGGAAAAGAUAAGGAAUGAGACGUAUAAGAGGCUGGAGGAGUAUGUGGACCAGGUGCCUGUGGACGAGGUCUAG